UCUAUCUUUAAUUUAUUUUUUGAUAUUUCUUACAUAUUUUUCUUAACACUUUCAAUACAGUUCACUAGAAGCUGAAACUGAAGGCUCCAAGAUUUUAGAGCAUAUUAAAACAUGCCUUAGGUACUUAUCAAGUUUCCAUGUCAGUGAAGUGGAUGAAAAAUUACUCCAAUGGAUCAUGCCAGCAUUAAAGAAUACUUUACAAAAGGCAAUUGAUGAUAAUUUUUUAUUAUCUGAUACAUGUGAAGAUGACUUCGUUCUAAAUAUAUUAAAGCAAAAUUUAGGGUUGCUCUUGGAAUUGGUUCAUAUUUUAAAAGAAGUUUUGGAUUUUUUUGCUGCACAAGGUGAAAUUUGUUUGGUAGAUAUUAAAUAUACAGCUAUAACAUCAAUUGAGAUAAUAUCAUCAACAUAUGAUCAUUGCAGAAACAGUUCUGAAACGUAUAAAGUGAAUUUUAAUGAAGACUUGUUAGACAUAUUUAAAGUAAUGCAAGAAGUUCAUUCUAUAUACCUUCAGAUUUUUGAUACCAGUGUUAUACUUUCUGAAGCCUUACAAGAUGAUACAGAAAAAAAUAUUUUGUUAAAAGUUUUAGACAAUUUAUGUACAGUUAGCCAGAAUUUGUUUUUCCUUAACCUAAAGCUACUAGCAACAAAUUGGAAAGGAUAUAUAGGAAUUGCUCAGAAAUUUCUGGAUAUAUUGAAAGACCAAUUGGACUUGAGGAAACCUAUAGGUUGUCUAGCUUCGAUCAUUGAUGAUAAUUUAUCUUCCUUAAAUGACCCUGAAAACAUAAAGACACCGCAAAUCGUACAGUUAACAGGGUUUUUGGUCAAAGUGAUUCUAAAAUUAUUAGAUAUAUUUUGGGAUUCUAAAGAAAAAAAUGUCGACAUGAUCAUGGAAUUCUGCUGCUCUAUCUACAGUUUUACUCCCCAUAUAUUUUCAAUGUUGGAAUAUCCCCUUGAAAUUAUCCAAUUAAUAGAUGACACCAUAUUUGCUCAUAUGAAACCAUUUGUAUGGAAAUUUAUGCAAGAGGAACAGUUUUUGCAGGGGUUCCAGAGUAAGACAUCUUUAUUAAAAAAAUUCCCUUUUGGACUUCUUAAUGUCCUAAAUGUCUGUUUAGAAGGUGUUGUAAUGGUUGAAAAUAGUCUGAAAAUAGAAUUGGAUAUUCUGAUUAGAUUAAUAUUCGAGUGCUGCAAACCAUGUUUUAAGGAAUAUUUUUGGCCAGAAAAUAAUUUUGAUGAUUUAGUUGUACAUAUCGCCGCAGCCGUUAUAACUCACGACAUAUUUUACGCAAAAAUUGAAGUUAUCUUACUCGAAAAUAUUUUACAAGAAGAAAUAUGGACGUACCUUUUAGCUACAGAAACGUGGUGUCUCAUAUUAAGGAAUUCAAACCCCCGAUUAUGCGCAGAUACGCUCUUAAACCUAGUAAAAAUUUAUGAUCAAUUGAAUUUCGGUGUCAACACUCACAGAUUGGAAAAUAUUUAUUUGAUAUCUUUCAUGCGACGAGUUUUCGGCCUAUUACCGGAUUUUUCAAAAUCUCAAAUGAGUCGGAGCGUGUACGCUUUUCCCAGAGUGUGGAAGAAAAUUGGGUUUCAACAUUUUAAUUUGCCAAUGAAAAAUAUUGUAGAAGACGUUCAGUCGAAAACUAUAGAGAGCUUUGAAAAUAUCGGAAGAGAUAAUUUUACCACGGAGGAUCUAAUUAAUUUGGUCGGAAAUUUAGAAGCCCUGUCAACUGUAAACUAUCAGGAGCUUAAUUUGUCUCAUGUGGAUUUAGUGAACACAAUAGCAAGCAUAUUGGAGUUACCAUUGCACAAUAAUACUAAUGAUACAUUUAAAUAUUUUAUCGCAAGCUUUUGUAAAAUAACGAAUAAUUACUUGACGGAAUUCAACAAUAAACAAUUAUAUACGAUAUUAAACCAACUGGCACUCCUCUCAUCGAAUGAAUUCUUCAAAAUACACGUAUGUUUUGCACUCCGAUCGUUUUGCUAUGUAAAUAAAAACAAGUUAUUAGGUCAAGAUGGCCGUAGAAUUUUCGGGACAAUUGUCACCAUUUUAUCCAAUUUACUUAACUCUAAUAACGUCGUUAAACAGACUGUUUUAGAACUUUUAGAAGUGCUCGUACAAAAUGGAAAAGAGGAAAUCGUCAAGAACACUUUAAUGAACUGUGGUAACAACGAGAUAGUGGAGUUGGUUUCAAAUUUUUUGAGAAAAAAUGUAGAAAAGCAGAAAUUUAAUACAAACUAUUUUAAUUCCAUCGGAGAAUUAAAAUAUAGACAUAACUGCGUUAUGAGGACACAUACACACACAGCUAAAAAAUUAAAGUUAGAUAUUGAUGUACCUCAUCAAAAUAGAGAUAAUUGUGCCUUUAGAAAAUCUGUACAAAACGUUGAUCCUAUUCAAGUUAACAAUAAUAUAGAAGAACAGACUGCAACUCACGCUGUUAAACUUAGAGAUUACAAACAUAGGCCGAAGUCAAAAAUGGAUCCUCCAGUGGUAGCUGUCGAAGACUCCAAAGGAAAUGAAGAUGAUGGUAUAGAUGAAGUAUUGUGUAGGAUUAAAGGAGAAAUAAAAUGUUUAACGAGAGCCUUAAAGACUGAAAAGUUGUCUUCAAAAAAUGUUUCCGAUUUAAAAAUUAUUACAAGUCAAUUAUCAUCGUUAAUGUAAUUUAUUUUUGUUUUUAUUUAAUAAAAUAUUUUUAGAAUUUG